GACUAGAUAUUUAGUGAUCCUUCGUUUUGUGAAUGUCUUGGCUUGGUGUCGUGGAUACAGUCAGUCAGGAGAGACACCCAUGGAUAGGGAGCACGUUCCCCUCAGUGUGGGGGCAGUGUGGCCUCGUAGAUUUGUCACGGCCAGAAGAGUAGUUUGCCACGUUUUGAGUGUCAGUGUACUGGUGGCUAGAAAUGUGUUUAGUUAUUAACUCUGAUGGAAGUUUGUUGAAUAUGAAUUUGAUUCCUUGGAAGCCGAUUAUCGAGCGACAAGGGAGGCUUGCGGCGUUGCUCCCUUCCACUCACGAGCCUCACUGUACCGCGCACGCUCAAUAUGUGCCUGGCGUCCGGGCGGUGUGGCGGUGAGCGCGCGGCGUGUGGCAGCAGGCCCAGCCAUCAGGACCAUGUGACGAGUCCUUCAUCCUAAAUCACAGUCAUCUCCAUUUUGACCUUAGACAGUAGCAACCGUGGCCUCCGACAGCACCACAGACAGGUGCUGGGAGCGAGGAGGAUGGCUCUCCACUGGGAAAAGCUUUCGCCGGCGGAGUUUCAGCAGUUGCAGGAUUUGACAACAUACUCUACCAAGAAACUUGAGAAUGUCUUGAAGGAAUUCACAGGUUCGGGCCCUCUCUCCAAAUACAGCCUCGAUGGGGACAUCGACUAUGAAGGGUUCCGGCAGUUCAUGAAUAUCUACCUGGAAGUAGAGAUGCCAGAGGAGCUAUGUAGGCACCUGUUUCUGUCCUUCGUCAAGCGUCCGCGACCUCAGCCAGUCGAACCGAAGUCCAUCAAGGAAAUGGCGGUCAUGUCAUCGGCCACUGCGUGUGCCCCCAUCACCUCCCACAACACUUCAGGAGGCUCCAUCAGUAAUCUGGCCUCGUGCGCAAUGACCGAGAGUGUGUCUGCUAAGUCUGAAGGGGGCGGUGGUCUGGCGGAGAAGCUGCACGGCCUUACGGAGAAACUGUCCUCCCUAGGCCACAACCGCUCAGACUCUGAAGCCUCCAGCCGCACCCGCACUGGGAGUAUAGGGGCGUGCGUGCAUCCGCUGGUCACCGUCACUCAGACCAACAGCUACACCGAUGGCAAGAUUGAGAAGAGCACAGACUCAUCACCUUCUCAUUCUCAAAUGUCACGUUCAUCUUCCAAAAAAUCCAACAAUUCCCUCCUGGUCACUAAUGGUAAACUUGAAGACAUGAGGCACUUGGUGAGGAAGUCCAGCAGCAUUGAGGUGCACACCGUUAGGGUGAGUCUGAAGGACAUCAUCUGCUACCUAACACUGUUGGAGGGGUGCCGGCCAGAGGACAAGCUGGAGUUCAUGUUCCGGUUGUAUGAUACGGAUGGCAAUGGAGUACUGGAUACCAAUGAGAUUGAUUGCAUCAUUAAUCAGAUGAUUCAAGUAGCGGACUACUUAGACUGGGAUGUCACUGAGCUCAGACCAAUCCUGACGGACAUGAUGACAGAAAUAGACUAUGACAAUGAUGGCACUGUAUCCCUGGAAGAGUGGAAGAGAGGAGGCAUGACCACCAUUCCCUUGCUGGUGCUUCUGGGACUUGACACGAACUUAAAAGAAGAUGGUAACCAUGUGUGGCGGCUCAAGCACUUCAGCAAACCAGCUUACUGCAACCUGUGUCGCAACAUGCUGAUGGGCCUUGGAAAGAAGGGCUUAUCCUGUGUCUUUUGUAAAUAUACUGUCCAUGAACGUUGUGUCCAGCGAGCACCAGCCUCAUGCAUUGCCACCUAUGUGAAGAGUAAGAAAACGUCCCAGUCCAUGCUACAUCACUGGGUGGAAGGCAAUUGUCCUGGCAAGUGUUCUCGAUGUAAAAAGGCUAUCAAGAGUUACAAUGGCAUCACUGGACUUCACUGCUCCUGGUGUCAUCUUAGACUACACAACAGAUGUGUAUCUCAAGUAAAGCCUGAGUGCAAUUUUGGUGAGCACAGAGUACAUGUUCUUCCCCCUACAGCCAUCUGUCCUACUGUGUUGGACCGCCAGAAAUCUAUUACUAAAGAGAAGAGAGAUGUGCAUCGGUCUGAAUCUACACCUAGUGGCCUCAGCGAUGGGACUGUUUCAGCCCCAAUGUCCUUCCAAAUCACUCCUCCGCCUGGAACCCACCCACUGGCUGUGUUCGUGAAUCCUAAGAGUGGGGGAAGGCAGGGGACAAGGAUUCUCAGGAAAUUCCAGUACCUGCUAAACCCUCGCCAAGUCUACAAUUUGGCUAAGGAGGGUCCUGUAGCUGGCCUUCAGCUCUUCAAGGAUGUCCCCAACAUGCAAGUCAUUGUGUGUGGAGGGGAUGGUACUAUUGGCUGGAUUUUGGAGCAGAUGGACAAAGUCCAGUGGGCACAGGUGCCAAGUGUGGGCAUCAUGCCUCUGGGGACAGGCAAUGACCUAGCCAGAUGCCUCAGGUGGGGAGGAGGAUAUGAAGGGGAAAGUCUUCACAAAAUUCUAAAGAAAAUAGAAAAAUCCACAGUGGUGUUGAUGGACCGUUGGCAUAUAGAAGUUUCAGAGCAGACAGGGACACAGGAAGGUGAUGAAGUUGGGGACAAGAUACCAUACAACAUUAUCAAUAAUUAUUUUAGCAUAGGUGUGGAUGCUGCUAUUGGAGUCAAGUUUCAUUUAGAACGUGAGAGAAAUCCAGAAAAGUUCAACAGCCGGAUGAAGAACAAGCUUUGGUAUUUUGAGUAUGCUACCUCAGAGACAUUUGCUGCAUCUUGCAAAAACCUUCAUGAAGAUAUAGAUAUAAUGUGUGAUGGUGUCUCCUUAGAUCUCUCCAAUGGCCCUUCCCUGCAAGGCAUAGCUGUCCUGAACAUUCCCUACACUCAUGGAGGCUCCAAUAUGUGGGGAGACACCACCAUGAAGAAAAGAAAUAAAGCCACUAAAACUAAAAAGAAAAAAGACAGAGAAAGAGAACUUUCAACCUCCUCUUUUACAUCUGCUGAUCUAAGCACUGCCAUUCAAGACAUUGGUGAUAAGCUUAUUGAAGUCAUUGGAUUUGAGAAUUGCUUACACAUGGGCCAAGUGAGGACUGGUCUGAGAGGAUCCGGUCGACGCUUGGCUCAGUGCUCAUCUGUUGUCAUCCGCACCAGGAAAAAGUUUCCCAUGCAGAUUGAUGGCGAACCAUGGUGCCAGCCACCCUGUACUAUACAUAUAACUCACCACAAUCAAGUGCCAAUGCUGAUGGGUCCUAGAACGAGUCGAAGAAAAGGCAUUUUUUCCUUUAUUCGUAAGUGACAGGAGGAUCCAGGGGCAACUCAAGGUGCCCCAAAGUGUCCUAAAGAUUCUCUCAGGUUUUCUAAGCUCAGAUGUCUUGCAAGAAAACAUUGAAUUAAACUUGAAGCUUAGAAGAUGAUUCAGAGAAGGAUCCUGAAUAUGAUACAUUUAUCAGAUGUGUGAAGGUAUGUUUGAGAGACACAGUAUAUACUAGUUGAUUCUUUACUAAUAGUUAUGUAGUGUGUAUUGUUUUGUGUGUUUCAUGUUCAUCUCCACUUUCUCACCAUAAUGCUAUUCAAAAAUAAGAAUGUUUCCUUAUAUUUAUUUAACUUUUAUUAAGGUGCUCAAAUAGAGAGAGAGAGAGAGAGAGAGAGAGAGAGAGAGAGAGAGAGAGAGAGAGAGAGAGAGAGAGAGAGAGAGAGAGAGAGUACAUUAGUUAUUAUUUUAAGAUUACAUUUCCACUUUUCAGUGAGUUAAUUAAGACAGUUUAUUAAUCCUAAAUUUAGUUUUAACUUUGGUUCUGGAAAGGUUUUGUAAGAAAGGAAGGGAAGUUUCCUUGAAUAUACUUUUAAUAGCUACCUUAGUGAUGAAGCUCACUGUAGAAAAGUCAGUUGUUAUGAAAAACUCUAGUCAUUUUUUAUCUGUCGUCUGAUAAGUAUAUCAUAUUCACAUAAUAUUGUGCUGUUAUAUGUUAUUCUUAGAAUAGUGGAAAGAAAGUGAUGUGACUCAUGGUCUUUUUGACACUCAGAUGAAAUUAACUUAUGUGAAAAUGAAUAGAUAUCCAGUUAAUUCAAGAAAAGAUUUUAUAUGAAGAGCUGGUGACUGACAGUAUUAUAGGCAUUUUUUUAAUGAAAUAAUUUUUUAGUCUUUCCUUGAUAGAAACAUAGAGCUGUUUACAUUUAUACUUUUUCAGUCGAUGUGAUAAAAGCAAUGAGCUUUAAUGCAGAUCUAGUUUUUCAUACCAUGAGAACUAUUACAUUAUUCUCAUAUUUGAAUAAUUUUUCAAAGUGAAGUAAUAUGUGUAUGGAGGUCAGGCAUACAGUGAUGGGCCUUUAUAAUACAAUACUGUAGUAUGUUGUUUGGUAUUACAGAAUAAUGCAAAAAAUACGUAUAUAUAUAUAGUUGUCUUAAGAGUCUCUGCUUUGCACAUAAAUUUAGCUUUUCUUUAUUGUUCCAUUCUUGUUACUCUUAUAUCUGUAUUGUCACCCUUCCUGCUGCCUUAGUCAUUUCCUGUUGUUCCCAGACAUAGCUACCUGAUAUCUCAGAGCAGUUUGUUUUAUCUUGUGCAUCAGAUGUAAUCUUGACCCUCGAGCUAACAUCUCCCUCGCAAGGCUGUACUGUCUUCAAAGUCUUCAUUACCUAUUCAUUACUAUAAUGGAUCCCCCAAAAAUGUGCCAAAAACAUGACGCUUAAUGUAGAAUAAGAGGUUUGUAAAAGGAAACAAUACAAAGAUCUAAUUAAAUGUAAAGAAAAUAUGUAUAUUCAAGGCUGUUGCUUUGACUCUAUAUUAAUUGUUUUAUCAUAAUGCAUAUAGACAUAUGUUAAUAAUAGGUUGAGAUACUUUCCUGAAUAUAGCAGUUACAGUGUAUGCUUGCAUAUAUGCUAGCUAAUCUGGUUUAAAGUCCUAGAAUGAUUUUAAGUGAAUUAUUGGUGUAGUGUGAUUAAUUACUGUAUUUACUAAAAGUUUUUAAAAGUAAAAGUUUAGAUAAUUUUCUAGAGAACAGUUCAUUAUCAUUUAGAAUUUGAUGAUUUAUGAAAGAAAUCAGCCAUGGUCUUAUAAUUGUGUUCUCAGAACACACACAUACACAGGAAAAGGUAUAUAUGUACAUCAGCUAAAAACUGGAUAAAUAUUAAUACAGAGACAGGACUACGAAUGUAGCUCAGGCCCUGUAUACUAUAGCUAGGUAGAUAAACAAACACACACACACACACACACACACACACACACACACACACACACACACACACACACACACACACACACACACA